CAUUAUGUGUUUAUGGUCUGAAUCACUAGUUUGAAGUUUUCUUCAAUACAACAUGAUGUUAAUUUUUUCAAAUUAUUGUCCUAUUUAAAACAAUAUAGACGUUAAAGCAGAGUGGUUUUAGGGCGUGGCUACCGUGUGAUUGACACUCAGGGGGACCUGCCUAUUUAUCCCGAUAGAGGCCAGAGCGAUGUGUCGGACGUUUAACUUGUCAUUGUGUUUUCAAUUCAUCAGAGUUAGCUCUUACAUGUUGUUUGCCUGAAAAUGUCUUGUUCGGUGUUCAGUUGUUCUAAAAGACACUCAGAGGAGUCGGCGGUUCAAUUUGUAAGUACAUUUUGUUUUAAGCCUCUUAUUUCUUUGCUUGCCAAAAUUAGCAUCCCUGUUAAUAUCAAGUUCAGGUGAAGAUGCACAUUGCUAACCAAGCCAGCUAGUGCUAGCGUUAGCUGAUAAUUUAGUGAUUGCUAUCUAUGCUAACGGUACCUGGGCCCGCUGGGCAGGUAACCUGUGUCAACCUGGGUUAGCUCGUGGAGGUGUUCAGUCAAAGCCCAAUAAAAAGGUCAAUUUAAUAGAUGUUAAUCUAACGGUUUUUGGUUUGUGUUUCUCGCAUAAUGUGACCCAGUUUAAGUGAUCUGCAUUAGUGUAAUGUGCAGCGUUAAUGUUAGUUAAUACAUUGUCCAUCAAGACGUCGUGAUAGUUCAAGUUAAGGUAACGUGACGUAUACAAAAUGUGUGGAAAAAUAUUUGUCAUAUAGAAGAUUGUUCAUUUAAUACUCAAACCAGUCCUCAACUGAGGUAGAAAUUCAUGCACAUAUCCUGACAGCUGAUGGAUAUUUGUGAUAAACUGUGAUCCACCACAUCUUUACUCAAGUGUUUGUCUUUUGUCAUUUGAAAGGUUUGUGAAAACCGGGUGAUCUGCGCCAACAGGAGGAGGACCGUAUGUAUGGAGCAGCCCAUUUAUAUUAAAUAACAAUAGAAUAGAAACUAAUACUCAGUUUGGUGUCAUUGUGCAGGUUCACGUCAUGAUGGUUCUCAGCUCUCGGUGAUGCUCUUUAUUCUGAAACAGAAUCAUACCUACAGAUGUUUUGACUCCUGUCAUCAAUAAUGAAAUGAACUACAGCUGAAAACUAGCCGACUAACACUGAACCAAACUUAAUAUGAACAAACACGAGACACACGUCCACUGCUCUGCUCUUUAACAGCACGUCCAGACACGAUAGUUCACUGUAAAAAUGUUAUCAUUAAGUGACUGUAACUUACCGACAUUGACAACCCGCUGUCACUGUUAACAGUAAGUUCAGUAACGUCACCUUAGCUUUGCAGAACUAAUUUUAAAACAUGUUAUAACAUGUUUUUCCCUUGGUCUAUCUAUGGUUUUAAUACAAGCAGUUACACCACACAGUUAGCUUACACACAGUAACUUCUGCUAAUAUUACAAGGUUUCUUCUCAUAUAUGUGAUAUUUACCAAAUAUGGACAUGUAUGCAAUUAGCUACAAAGAUUUUUUUUAAUACUAAGCUAUAAAGUUUACGUUGAAUUAUGAAUGAUAACUGUGUUAGCAGCAUCUUCAUAUCGUGCAUCCAGAAGGCUGUUGCGGUCAGGUAGCCGGUGUAGGUGGGAAUGCAUAGUGUCUCUGUUCUCGGGUCAGAUCAGAUCAGAUCCACCCAUGGAUGUAUUAUAAAUUAUAAGUUAGAAAGAAAUGAUUAGAAAUUAUAAGUUCUUAUAAUACAUCAAUGGAUCCACCCCUCACUCCUACCCAGCUCCACCCUCUCCUCAAAAUAUGGUUUCUUCCGGUUUCAAAAACCAGAAUGGCGACGGCCAAAACUCAAACUCCUGGCUUCAAAACGGCAGUUCACAAACCAAUGGGUGACGUCACAGUGGGUUGCCACUUGGUUGCCACUUGGUUGCCACUUGCUGUCAACACGGUACGAACCUGUAAUUUAGUGGGCUUUUAUUUUGAAAUGUGACCCGGAAGUUAUCAUCCUACCCUUGUCAUAUUUCACAGUGAGAGCAGCGGAGACAGAAACCACUUAUACUCGCAUUUAGUCAACAGUAGAAAGCAACAGUUUGCCUUUACUAAUUCUGAAAUGUCCAGACUCCAGAGUCUGAAGGUCUUCGUCAACCAGCGGCUGACCGCGGCUGUGGAGGAGAUCUUCGGACACUUUGAGAAAACAAUAACCGAGUAUGAAGAGGAGAUCACCCGCCGCCAUCGCGAGAUGCUGGAUGUGGUUCAGACACCUGAGAUAAAGCAGAGAGACGUCCAGCAGCUGCUGGUGAGGAGAGAGGAGCUUCCCCCUAAGCAGCGGGAGUGGAGCUCCAGUCUGGACCAGGAGGACCCGGAGCCCCCACACAUUAAAGAGGAACAGGAGGAACUCUGGACCAGUCAGGAGGCGUCCAACGUCAUUGGGUUCCCGUUUUCUCCUGUUCCUGUGAAGAGUGAAGAUGACAAAGAGCUUCAGUCUUCACAGCUUCAUCAAAACCAAAGUGAACCUCCAGCCUGCAGCUCAAGUGGACAGAUGGACACAGAAGCUAAUGGAGAGGACUGUGGAGGACCAGGACCAGCCAGGAACUUAGAUGCACAUAGUUUUUUACAACCACUCAGUGAUGACAAGGUUUCAAACUCCUCUGAACCUGAGACUGAAAUCAGUGACGAUGACUGUAAGGAGACAGGGGGACCUCAGCCAGGUUUAAUCUCCGGGUACAACAAUGUCCCUGUGAGUGAUGUCACGUGUAAUGCUGGAAAAAAGUCAUUUAUCUGCUGUGAAUGUGGGAGAAAAUUUGGUCGCAAGGACAGUCUGCGGCGACACAUGAGGUAUCACACAGGAGAGAAACCAUACAGUUGUUCAGUUUGUGGUAAAAGAUUUUCCCAAAGGCCAAACUUAAUUCGUCACAUGAGAUGUCACUCGGGAGAAAAACCUUUCAGUUGCUCUUUCUGUGACACGAGCUUUGCUGUGCGCAGCGCUUUGGUAAACCACAUGAGAAUCCACACUGGGGAGAAACCAUUUAGUUGCUUAUAUUGUGAGAAAAGCUUUACACAAAAGGGAGGGCUGAAAAAACACAUGACUGUCCACACAGGAGAGAAACCAUACAGUUGCCCAGUGUGUGAUAAAAGUUUUUCUCAAAAGGCAAAUCUGACGUACCACUUCUCAGUGCACACGGGACAGAAACAGUUCAGCUGCAGCGUCUGUGACAAAAGAUUCACUUGGCAGUCGCAGGUCAAGAGCCACAAGUGUGUGGGUGAGAGCAGCAGCAGUAACUGAAGCUGCAGAGCUGCUGGUUCACUGGAGGAAACUCUCUGCUGUCAACUUCUCACUUCACGCCACAGACAGUUCAGGUAGCUGUGGCACCAACAACAUGGACUGUUCUGGAACAUGGUCUCAGUGGAAAUACUUAUGAUUUCUGCUGACACAUGACAAUACUAUAGGACGUUUAUAGUACUGUCUUUGGACACAAAGGGUACAUCCCAGUUCCCUUGAUUGAACCCUCAUUUCACUCACUUGCAUCCUUUCCUUGUAUAGACCGUCCCACCAAAGACAGGAGGAGAGAGGAAGCAAGUGAAUAAUUAUUUAAUAAUAUUCAUGAAUGACUCUCUGUACCGUUUUGGCAGAACUAAGUUUCUGAUCUGUUGUACCAAUAAAGCUUAUUUGAAUUUUGAUUUGAAAACGAAACGAGACACCAUCAUCUGAAGCUUGAUCAGUUUCUGAUGAGGACCGCACAGCUGGAUCACAGCUGUCAGUCAGCUUAACUUGUGAGUGUUGGAGUUUUAUAUUUGUAUAUGGACGUUACCACCACCAGCUCAGCUGCGUUUUUUAAGUCUCUUUGUUUGAAUAUGUUUAAACUAACAGACAAACAUCUGCACAUUUUUAAAAACCUGUAUUCUGUAUUUGAACUGAGCUCACUAGUGUAAAAUGAUUUACCAGCCCAAAGAGUAAAUAAUCUAAAUGUGUCUGACAUCAACAGAAACUUUAAAACAGAUUCACUGUUUGAAGUCGACUGUGAAUCUGAAAACAGAUUUCAGUCGGUUCAGUUCACUUACAUAUAAAACUGCAGUAAUGUUGUGAUGUCCUAUGACAUUGGUCCAAUCACUAACUGAUUUCUGUGAAGGAUGUUCUUGUGUUUGCUCGAUCACGUCUCCUCUGAGCACCGGAACUUUCUUUGAGAUGGAACCAGAACCAGAUCAAGUUCAGAACAUUUAAACGAGGGAACUGAUUUGUCUCCGGUGACUUUGGUAUUUACAGACAAUAAAUGAUCUUUGAGGAACUA